AAAAGAGAGAGUCGUUCAAUAGGAAGUCCGGAAACAUUUUUGUUUGUUGUUCUGGAUCCGCCCAAAAGAAAAGUCAAGGCGAGGCCAUCUCGGUAAUAACGGCCGUUACUAAAUAAGCGUAAGCAAUCCUCCAACCGAGAUCAGACCUCUCUUUGGCGUCACAACUGUCGGUCGUUGCAAUCCACUCGUCCCAGCCACGUUCGUGAAUCUACUCAACUAGCUCGAGAAAAAUGUUUAAGACAGUGUCCAUAUCUUUGUUGCUGAUGGCACUCUUGGCCAACGGACUGCCUCGUCCUACAAUCUCUAAAGAGUCUCUGAGGAACAAAAUAACUCCUUCCAUGACCUUGGUGUUCCAGUCGCUCCACAAUGCCGCCACUAUCAAGGCUUCUGAGCAGGAUGGACCGCAUUUCGUGAUGCCCGAACUAAAUGUCGGAAACGAAUUCGCGGAGGACGAGAUGGCGUUUCGAGCCAAGCCAGAAGAUGAUUUUUCAUUAGAUAGGGGAAUUUUUGGUGACACAGAAUCUGGAAGAAUGCCACGUAUUGUCAUCAUGCCCAUUAUCGCCAUCUAACUGCAAAAAGAAAAUCAAAAUAAUUGCUGUAUUUCGUAACAACUCGUCAAUUCCCAUGUAACCCGCUCAUAUCAUUAUCUAUUAUGUCAUAAGAAGAAUACAAAAUUUUAUACUCUUA